UUCCUUUUGCCUUCCUUGGCCGAAGACCUUGACUCAAGUACAGGGUGGCCAAACUCUUCCUCCAUGUAAGCGCAACUCCAAAUGCAUAUGAUCGAUCCCCAACUGAGUCUCUAGGAGUUCCAUACCUUGCAGAACUCCCCUUAUUUGUUUGCAUAUGAUAGCUGAUAGCUAUCCCUGAAGUCCUAAGUAUCUGCGAGAACCCUGGAAUAUUUGCAACCAUUCUGUAUGCGGUUGCUCUGAAGCCGUUUUCUGCCAACGACAGAGAAAGCAGAUUUUCAGGUCCUACUUCCGGAACGUAUCUAAGGACUGCAUUUGUUCUGUUCCACUUAAAAUGGACUGCAAGGACUCUCUGAAGAAUCGCAUCCGGAUAUUCACUGAAGCAGUAGUGGUCAUGGUAUGCCCAGUCCUUCUCUCGUUCGCGCUAAAGAAGGUGGACCUGACGGCCAAUCGAAGCAAACAAAUCGUGGACAGCAUUUCCCCGAUUGGAGCGUUAACUCUGGAAGCUGGCAUACUCCCUUUCCUCGGCCUCUGCCUCUCCACGGUGCUCGGAGAGAGGCUCGCGUGGCUCGUAUUGGCCUCGAAGCUGCUCAUCCACCUAUGUGUCAUUCUCCUCAUGGCUCUAGCCUUUGUGAUUCUGCUGCUCAUCAGCAAGAGUAACAUUGUCUGCCUAAGCAUCUGGAUCCCCUUCGUCCCCUUCAUCCUAUGGCUAGGCUACAACUCCGUGAAGGAUGAGGAGCAUGAGAACGCCGACGACGCCACGAAAUCAGCCCACCACGGGAAGCUGGAAAUCUCGGUUGAUUUCUCUGCUAGUAUCACCUCCCUUCUGUUCCUGGGAUUAAAAGGUCUUGCGUUGGAGGGACAGGCCAGCGCCAUCAAGGGGCUGGAUGCUCACCUUUCCGACUCCCUCAUCGUCAGUUUCGUGACCUGCGUCCUGGGUGUAGUCUUCAUGCUUGUUGGAACGGCUCCACCGGUGUACGGCAUGGGCCGCUUGGUGGAUUCCUUGAGGAUCUUGGAUACCUCUCUGGCAAUAGCGUUCGGGGUGAUCGUCGUGCUAAUCACAAUUGCACCUCUGAAGGAGGCGGCGUGGUUAGUAUCCAUCCCGUGGAUCCUUUCCUUUUUCGUGUGGUUGUUCAUCCGUUUGUUCGACCACGACGAGGGAGAGGACAGGGAUGUGAAGCCGGUGUCUCUAGAGCUGACCAAGGCCGCGUUCACAGGGUUCUUGGCCGUCUCCAUACCGAGCUUCAGCAAUAGCUCCACCAGCGGCGGCUACACCCACGCUUUCAUAGUGCUUACUGGGUCAGCUGUCCUCGCUGGCCUCGCGUGGAGGCUGAUCACGCACGUGAAGAAGCCGUCGCGAGCCAUGGUCUGGGCUGAAAAUGUAGCUUCUUCGUGUGCGCACAUCUGUGUUGCGGCGGCUGUUGUUCCAUUUGCAAGCAUAUCCAUGACGGUGCUCAGGUCUCUCGAAAGUUAGAUAACUUUCUACUCCCUCCGUCCCAUUUUAAGUACAGCUAUGAUUUUCCGCGCCUAAUUUUAACCGUUCGUCUUAUUUAAUUUUUUUUAAAAUUUAAAAAUAUAAGUCACGAGUAAAGUACUAUUCAUGUUUUACCAUCUCAUAAUAACAAAAAUAGCAAUUAUAAAAAAAAUUAAAUAAGAUGGACGAUUAAAGUUGAGCGCGGAAAGUUAUGGUUGUAUUUAAAAUGGGACGGAGGGAGUAAUAACAUAUUUGCUUAGAUCCAUCAAAAAGUACCACGAGGUACCUCAUGGGACUAAAUUGUUUUCGAUCGUUGGAUCUAACUGGGUAAGAUAGACAUUGUUAGAUCCAACGAUCGAAAACGAUUUAGCACCAUGAGGUACCAGUACCUCGAGAUACUUUUGAUUGGACAAGAACAAAUCUCAAUUAUAAAAGUAAAUCUAGCCUCUACAGCUAAACAUGUAUCUGUGGCCGGCUCACAUAAGUUAGUGGGGCUCAGCAUUUGUAACGUUACUCAAUAAGGUCCUCCCACCGUAUUUUAAUGUAUAAUGUUGUUGACUUUUGAUCAA